AUGAUUACUAAGCUAGACAGUGUACUUCUACCCCAAAAAAGGUUUAUCUUUCAUUACAAAAACUUGCGCUGGGCAAGAGGCCGGCAUGAGACGUACCUCUGCUUCGUGGUGAAAAAGCGAGUGGGCCCAGAUUCCUUAUCCUUUGACUUUGGACAUCUCCGCAAUCGCACUGGCUGCCAUGUAGAGUUGCUGUUCCUGCGUCACCUGGGAGCCCUGUGCCCCGGCCUGUGGGGGUAUGGCGUUACAGGUGCGAGGAAGGUCAGCUACUCCAUCACCUGGUUUUGCUCCUGGUCCCCCUGUGUCAACUGCUCUUUUAGUCUGGCCCAGUUCCUCCACCAGACACCCAAUCUUCGCCUCAGGAUAUUCGUUGCUCGCCUUUAUUUCUGUGACCUGGAAGACAGCCGCGAAAGAGAGGGUCUGAGAAUGCUGAAAAAAGCCGGUGUGCACAUCACAGUCAUGAGUUACAAAGAUUACUUCUAUUGCUGGCAGACCUUUGUGGCUCGGAAUAAAAGCAAAUUCAAACCCUGGGAUGGACUGCAGGCAAAUUCUGUUCGUCUGGCACGGAAACUCAACCGAAUCCUCCAGCCCUGCGAGACAGAAGAUUUAAGAGAUGCCUUCAAGCUUCUUGGACUAUGAAAUAAACCUCCCAUCUCUCUUGUUCUUGGCAUUAAGUCUAGAGAAGAAGACAUGUCAGUGCUGGUCCCAUCACUACAACUGCUAAACUGAGACAUACAAAAACUGAGAAAAAAAAUGCUUUCAAU